UUUUGAUGACGUUUUGAUAGAAUGUUUUUAAAUUUGAAGAAAACGACUUUUUUUUUCUACAAUGAAAACAGUUAAAUGUAGCAUGGCGAUCUAGUUAAAAAUUUUAAAGAAAAGCAAACCGUGGUAAAGAAGCUUGCUGCGCGAAAGGUUCUGGUGUGAAAAACCAUUUGUUUAGAAAAUGAAAUUUAAGUCGGCACAAUGAGUCAAUUAACAGAAGAACAGCGUCGAAAAAUAGAAGAAAAUCGUAGGAAGGCUCUUGAAAAACGAGCGGCAAAAACUGGAAGUAGUGCCGUGAACACACCAGUAACUGUAACGUCUUCAUUCAGUAGCUUUUCUAAAACACCCCAAAAUGGUGUUGGACCAAGUGUUUCCGCCAUAGCUAAUAAUUUCUAUAAGAAGCCUGAGACUAGUAGCAAGUUUGGUACUUUGAAUGUGACGUCAGUGAAAACGGGGCCCUUCAAAAAUAACAGUCUAAUAUUUCAGAAUGGGAAGCUAAGCAACAGUUCUGUGGUUUCUCAAAACACUGUUAAAGGAACUUGCGUACUUCUGUCUCGAAAACGUUUCUUUGUUGAUGUUGGAUUUCAUAAAGAAAUGAUUGAUUUAUUUAAGACUAUUCCUAGUCGAUUGUACGAUGUGCAGACGAAAAAAUGGAAUUUUGCCCUGGAGGAUCAUGAUAAGUUGAAUUCGUCUUUAAAAUCGUUACAACCAAAUGUCUUGAUUGCUCCCUUGCCAAAUAUUUUGUUGAAAACUUUUAUGAAAGCAAAAGAAAGGAGAGAAGUUGAAGACCAUGAUUUAUCUAGUUUAGAUCCGGUGCUGUUAAAAGCACUGUUGCCGUUUCAGGUAGAAGGUGUUAAUUUCGGAAUUCAACAUUGUGGAAGAAUAUUGCUCGCUGACGACAUGGGGCUGGGUAAAACUAUUCAAGCAAUUGCUAUUGCCUAUUACUACCGAAGGCAUUGGCCUCUAUUAGUUGUCACGCCAUCGUCUGUUAGAUACUCAUGGGCUGAAGCUUUUCGUACGUGGCUUCCGUCAGUUGGUACACACGAUGUUACGGUUAUAAAUAACGGAAAAGACCAUGUUCCUAAUGAUAAAGUUAUUCUAAUAAGCUAUGAUUUGUUAGCGAAAAUGGUAGAUGUUCUUCAGAAGAGAAACUUCAAAUGUGUUAUAAUGGACGAAAGCCAUUUUCUGAAAAAUCCCAAAUCCCGUCGGACUAAAGCGGCGUUAUCAAUUAUGAAAAAUAUGAAUUGUAUACUUAUGCUUACUGGAACGCCAGCCCUUUCGAGACCUGUCGAGUUGUAUACACAAUUGUCCGCUCUUAGACCGCGGGAGUUUUUUAAUUAUGUUGAGUAUGGGAUUCGUUAUUGUAACGGAAAAACGAUGCCUUGGGGUUGGGAUUUUUCUGGAUCUUCAAAUAUGGAGGAGCUGCAAUUGCUACUUGAAGAAACUGUUAUGAUAAGAAGAUUAAAAUCAGAGGUUAUUAAACAACUUCCCUCGAAGUCUCGUCAAAUGAUUGUGCUUGAUCCUUCUCGAGUCUCUACUAAGAGUAAAGUAUUAAAAGCCAUGUAUGAGAAAAUGCACCAUGCCGGAUUAAAAGGCAUGGAAAAACGAGGAGCUUUGCUUGAGUACUUCCACGAAACUGGUGAAGUCAAAAUUCCUGCUGUCUGUGAAUAUAUUCUGGAUGUUCUGGAAAGUGAUAAAAAAUUCUUAUGUUUUGCUCACCACCAGAAUGUCAUGCAGAGCAUCUGCGAUGCCAUCGAAAAGAAGAAAGUUGACUACAUUCGCAUAGACGGAUCUGUGUCUGCUGAACAGCGAAAAAAAUUGUGUGACCAUUUUCAGAUGAGUGACAGUUGCAAAGUAGCCGUUCUGAGUAUAACCGCUGCCAAUUGCGGAAUCACUCUAACUGCUGCCAGUCUCGUGAUCUUUGCCGAAUUAUUUUGGAAUCCUGGAAUCUUAACGCAGGCUGAAGAUCGUGCCCACAGGAUUGGUCAAGAAGACUCGGUGCUCGUUCAGUACUUAGUUGCUAAGGGGACCGCAGACGAUGAAAUUUGGCCUUUGGUUCAAAGGAAACUUGAGAUUUUAAAUAAAGCUGGUUUGAGCAAGGACAAUUUUAAAACUGCUGAUACCGUCAUUAAAGAAGAUUCAACCCAACCGCACUUAGAGGAUUUUUGGAAUGAAAUUGAUGAAUUUGGUUUCGAUAUAGAGGAAAACAGUCCUGUCCCUGAGAAACGAAUGAAAUUGGACUCAUGAUGCCGAUUUAGUAUUGUUGACAUCAAAACAGGUUACAUGGAGCAAAUAUGGGAUACUUUAUCAAUAAAAUAAAAGUUCGCCAAAUUUUUGUAUUAGGUAAUUAAUCUUAAAUUUUAUUUCAGUUUAUUUUGCUAACAUUUACUUUUAAAUUAUGGUUAGUUUGUUUCAAUCUGGAAAUAAUAUUUUUUUUUGUCAAGAUCUUUUUUUUUUUUCAAUCGUGCCAUAUCGUUAGAGAAAAAAAGAUCUGUUGCUUUGAUUUCAAGAAUCAUUUUUUAAACUUAAUCGAAUUGUGUUCAGAGUAUAGACAUUAAGUUUUUAAGUUUCCUUUUGUCCUACCCUUUUUAAAACAAAUGACUUAUGAACUAGAGUGUUCUCUGUGCACUUCUUUAAAUUCGUUUGAUAUUUUAACUA